AUGUUUUCUCUCUCCAAGGCUCUCCGCCACGUCGGGGUGGGAUGGCUAUGCGCGGCCGCCCUCUCCACGGUUCAUGUUGCGAGCGGCUCUCCAACACUGCAAGACACGUCUCUGGCCAAGCGCGCGGCCGCCGUCGACCGCCUCGUGUUCUGCCACUUUAUGAUUGGCAUCGUGGGCGACCGCACCAGCGCGAGCGACUACGACGACGACAUGAAGAGGGCCAAGGCGGCGGGCAUCGACGCCUUCGCGCUCAACAUUGGCGUCGACGGCUACACGGACCAGCAGCUGGGGUACGCGUACGACUCGGCGGCCAGCAACGGCCUCAAGGUCUUCAUCUCGUUCGACUUCAACUGGUGGAGCCCCGGCAACGCGGGGGGCGUGGGCGCCAAGAUCAAGCAGUACGCGGGCAAGGCGGCGCAGCUGCGCGUCGACGGGGGCCGCGUCUUUGCGUCGUCGUUUGCGGGCGACGGGCUCGACGUCGACGCCAUGCGGAGCGCGGCCGGCGAGAACGUCUACUUUGUGCCCAACUUUCACCCGGGGCAGUCGGCGCCGGACAAGAUUGACGGCGCGCUCAACUGGUUGGGCUGGGACAACAACGGCAACAACAAGGCCCCGACCCCCGGACACACCGUCACCGUCGAGGACGGCGACAACGCCUACACCAGCUGGCUCGGCGGCAGCGGCAAGGCGUACAUGGCGCCCGUGUCGCCGUGGUUCUCCACGCACUUUGGGCCCGAGGUGUCGUACAGCAAGAACUGGGUGUUCCCCGGCGGGACGCUCCUCUUCGACCGCUGGCAGCAGGUGCUCAGCAAGGGCUUCCCGCUGCUCGAGAUCGUGACAUGGAACGACUACGGCGAGUCGCACUACGUCGGGCCGCUCAACUCGCCUCACUACGACGAUGGCAACUCCAAAUGGGUCAACGACAUGCCGCACGACGGCUGGCUCGACCUGUCGGCGCCCUUUAUCGCCGCGUACAAGGCCGGGGCGUCUUCUGUCGACGGCCACAUCACCGACGAGAAAGUCGUCUACUGGUACCGCCGCACGCUCAAGGCGCUCGACUGCGACGCCACCGACACCACGGCCGGGCGGCCCGCCGACAACGACAGCGGCAACUACUUCAUGGGCCGGCCCAACGGGUGGGAGACGAUGGACGACGUCGUGUACGUGGCGACGCUGCUCAAGGAGGCGGGCACCGUGACCGUCACCUCGGGCGGGCAACAGUCGACGACGCACAACGUCCCCGCCGGCGCCAACAUCUUUGCCGUCCCCGCGGGCGUCGGGCAGCAAAAGUUCAAGCUCAGCCGCGGGUCGGCCACGGUCCUCGAGGGCACCUCGCUCAUGGACAUCUCCGACGUGUGCCCCUGCGGGCUGUACAACUUCAACGCCUACGUCGGCUCGCUCCCGGCCGGCUUCUCCGACCCGCUGCAGCCGCACGGCCUCGCCUCGCUGACCGUCGGCUUGCACGUCUCGACGUGUGAGGCGAAGCCCUCGCUCGGCACCAACCCGCCGGUGAGCACGCCUCCGGGCCAGACGACCACGACGACCACGACGUCGUCGACGACGCCCGGCCAGUCUACGACCUCGACCAAGACGACGACGACGCAGCCUCCCGUGACGAGCGCCCCUGGCGGCGGAAACGUCUGCGUUGAGGGCACCAACGCCGAUGGCGAGAGCGGCAACUACUCGGGCCUGUGCAGCUUCUCGUGCCGCUACGGGUACUGCCCGCCGGGCCCCUGCAAGUGCACCAAGUACGGCGCCGCGGUGCCACCGCCGCCUGAGACGGGAACUAACGGGUGCCCGCUGGCAGGUGAGGGCGACGGGUAUAAGGGCCUGUGCAGCUUCUCGUGCAGCCAUGGGUACUGCCCUGACACAGCCUGUCAAAGGUGCUAG